UCUGGGAGGAUCACCCACUGAAUAAUAAUGCUCGUCUGGUCUGUAAAGUCGUGCAGAUCUUUAGUUAGAUCACGUUUAGUUAAAGAACGAAGUUUCUUGCUAGGUUGCUUUCAAACCAUAGUUCGUGGAUCUCCAGUUUGUAGCAACAAAAUUGCAGCUGAAGUCUUCCAGGCUAGAGACAUGUCUACAAGUAAAACACUAAUCCCUGCUCAAAGAGUGGCCGAAAAACCRUUAAAUAUCUGGCAAGAAUUGACUGAUCUUGCAAGAAUUCAUGGCAAGGUUAACCUUGGACAGGGAAUGCCUGACUUUAAUCCUCCACACUAUGUAAAUGAUGCCUUGUCUCAAGCUGCUCAAAGUGCAGAUGUACCAAUGCAGCAAUAUUCUCGUGGUCAGGGUAAUCUACGGCUUACCAAUGCUCUGGCCAGAAUGUUCAGCAAGCUUCAUGGUCGGGAGAUUAAUCCAAUGACUGAGGUUGUAGUUACUGUUGGGGCAUAUGAAGCAUUAUUUGAUUCAUUCAUGGCUUUCGUUAAUCCUGGAGAAGAGGUCAUCUUGUUUGAUCCUUGCUUUGAUUGUUACUACAACCAAAUCAGACUUGCUGGUGGAAAACCAGUUUAUGUAACUUUACAACAGAAAAAAGGUGCCACAACAGCUAAGGAUUGGAUAAUAGACAGAGCUUCAAUCGAAUCUAAAAUAACUGACAAGACAAGAGCUAUAGUGAUUAAUUCACCACAUAAUCCAGUGGGAAAGGUACUAAGCAUGGAGGAGCUAGAAAUGAUAGCAGAUAUCUGUAUAAAGCAUGACUUGCUGUGUAUCAGUGAUGAAGUGUAUGAGUGGUUGGUCUUCAAUGGUGCCAAGCAUACUCGCAUAGCUACUUUUCCUGGUAUGUGGGAACGAACACUGACCAUCAGCAGCGGAGGAAAAACAUUUGGAGUCACAGGAUGGAAGGUUGGCUGGAUCAUUGGUCCUGAAAAUCUAAUCAGAUCUGUGCAAGCCGUUCACACGGAUGUGACCUUCCAUGUACCAACCCCAAUACAGGAAGCCGUUGCUACGUGUAUAGAGAGGGAGACACCGUUGCUAGGGACCAGUGAGUCUCACUUUGCUCAGCUUGCUGAGCUGACAACCAAAAGAAUGGAGAAAAUCGCGAGUUUUUUGACAGAUUUUGGAUUCGUACCCAUGAUACCAGAGGGAGGUUACUUUAUGUUGGCGGAUUUCUCCAAGGUGGAUACCGGCGUCGAUUUGAAUGAAUAUGACAAGAGUGACGACCCAGUAGACUACAAGUUUAUUCGAUGGCUCGCCAAGGAGAAGGGUAUCGCACUUGUCCCGCCAAGUGCCUUCUAUGGAGCUGACAAUAAAGCUUUGGCUGGUACUAAUGUGCGCGUUUGUCUAAUGAAGGCGGACAGCAGCAUCGAAAAAGCAGCAGAACUCCUGAAGAAGAUUAAGAAAUAAUCCUAGAAGGAAGUAUAUUGCCAUGAAGGCAAGCAGUUAAUUGUAUUGUUAGGUCUAGUGUUACGUGAAUGUACGAGAUGUUAUUAAUGCACACUGUUUUAAAGAUGAUAGAAUGUUGCAUCCGUAUGAACGGAUGGAUGGAAGAUGGGAAUGGAUGAAAUACAUGAUGGAUAGAUAGAU